CUCUCGUCACAAAACCCUUCCCCUGGCUGUUCUGGUCUGGGCUGGUUUCGUGUGGGUCUCAGCCUGAUCAUUCGGUGCCGAAACCCAGGAGGGAUGCUGAGGCCUCUGCCGGUCCCUCCCGAUCAAGGGCCUUGCCCCAGGUCCACAACCGUCCACCUCUGAGCAGACCACGAGCCUCGGACCUGCCACAUUGCAGACGCCUCCACUCACACACAGCCUCCUCUCUCCGAUCCGUGGACCGGACCCUUCACUGUCGUCCUCACAACGCCCACCACAGCCAAACUAUUGGGAAAACCUUCUUGGGUUCACCUGUCCCACCUCAAGCAAGCUCCUUCAACCAACCAACGAUGGUCAACUCACGCCAUUUCCCCCACCCGACUUCUCUUUCAUCGUUCUCCCACUCUUUCCUCAGUCCCCGAAUAACUCUGCUCAUUUCCCUCCUCCUUGUUUAUGUUCCACUUUCGCAGGCUCAGGGACGAUGGAGAUUCUAUAUAGCAAUAGGCUCUUCUACUACACUAAACUACACUGACUGUCCUAUCGCUGGCUGCUCAUCUGCUAUUACAUUACAGAUGGAUGCCUGUGCUCCUACUACGGGCUGGGGCUCCUGUGGAUCACUUAGCUGGGAAAGGGACUACACCAAAGAUCACAAAUACCUCUGUUUCAAGGACGAACAACUAGGAGUCCACUCAGACUGUGAUAAUGUUGAUGAGGGCUACUGCCCCUUGUGGAAUUGCCCUCAUUACCACUCAGGCUCCUCUAGGGCAGGCAUUUCUAUCAAACCUCUGCCUGCGCCUCAGUGGCCGUGCCAGUCUCAUAACUGUAACCCUACCCAAAUCAUCAUCCAGGACCCUUGGAAUGACAAAUGGUUAAAGGGACGCAUGGCCUCUAUUAGGAUAGAUGGAACGGGGAGAGACCCCUAUGGCAUUAUCAGAAUUUACCGUGCUUGGUACAUCCCCCCUAUUCCGCCUCCUAGCCUCCCUAAGAUCAAAAAGGCCCUAACACCAUUCUCACUCUGUAGGCCAGCAUAGUCAAUGUCACUAAGGAAAUCAUCUAUUUAAUCUCUUCAACACCCACAAAUUUAUCUAGUUGCUGGCUCUGUGCUUCCCUUUCUAACCCCUCUAGAGCCAUCAUUCCUUGGCAAUACAACUUCACUUCUGUCUGUAACUCCUCUGCCCCGUCUUACAAAGACCCUUUCCUAUAUAUGCUGCCAAAUGCUAACCUGACAUGCUAUGGCUCCUCCACAAGUUCUCAUAGAUCCCUCCCAUACAACCAGGCCACAACACCCCCAGCCUCAAAAACCUCUGUUUCUCACAAAAAACAAUUCUAUCUUUGUGGCUCAACUCUCUUUAAUUGCCUACAACCAAAUCUAACUUGUCUCCCUGCACUUCCCAUACCCAACUUCAACCUAUACACAGAGGGAGAAUUCGAUAACCUUUUCCUCUCUUCAAGAAACCUCUACCUCUGCCAAAAAAGAGCG